AUGCGAAGCUCAGAAUCUAAGUGUCACAUUGCUCUAAGAGGGGGUGGCUCUGCAGGACUCGGGACGCGGCGCAGGGAAGCCAAAGCUGUUUGCAAACAAGCGUCCUCGGCCUCCCUCCGGGAUGUGCACCCAGGGCCCUGGGAAGGAAGGCACGCUCGGCCCCGCCCGGGACAAACGCGAAGGGCACCGGUGUGGCGGCCAGCCCGGUCUUCACGGACCCGGCCGCGCCGGAACCCAGGCCCGGGCAAGGGCUUCUCGGCAGCGCGGGGCCUAGUCGCCCCCCGCGCGCCUCCAGCCUCCCGGGGUGGUGAUGGGGACCCACGGAAAAAGGGCCGAGGCCCCAGAGCUGCGGGGUGCCCGCGGCGGCCGCAGUGCCAGGACGCUCCGUCCGCCCCGGCCCGGGAGCUGGCGCCAGGGCCCCCUGAGCGGCGCGAGCCGGCGAGCCCCGCAGCGCGGCGCGCCUCACUCACCGCCUCUCCAUGGCCCGGGGGGUCGUCCGUCAGCCGCGAGCGUCCUCCUCAGCAGGGCUCCGCCGCCGCGAAGCCUCGCACUCCAGAGGGGGCUGCGGUCGCUGCGGCGGAGGCUGAGGCCCGGCGCCCCUCCAGCCGCAUCGGCUCCGGGGUCGCCUCCGCCACGCGGGUCCGGGGGAGCGCGGUCGAGCGCGUCCGGGGGCGCGGGCUACGGCGGGACGACCGGGGCGCUGCGGGCGGACGGGCUCGGCGAAGCCUCGGGCGCCGCGGUGGCCGCUCCAGCUGCCCGCGCCACUGGGGCCACAGCGCCCCCUGGACCCCACGUCCCGCUACGGCGCCGGGACUGCGGCGGCCGCGCCGAGCACGGGCGGCUGGGAACGCGAAGCAGCGCGGCCUAGGGGUGGCGGGGGCCCCGUGCGCCCUGCGCCGUCCGCCGCCCGGCGCCCGCGGCCCGCCCCUGACGCGGCUUCCCGGGAGCCGGAAGCUGUCGGCUCCCCCCCCCCCCCCCCCGUCAGACCCCAGCACCUUUCUUCCCUCCAGAAGAAAUACAAGGUCUGCAUCAUUUACAUAAAGAAGGUAUAAAUCCACCAAUGUAGCCAGCCUGCUCCUGAAAAGCUGGCUUGAGCUGUCUCCAGGAUUUGAAGCUUCCUGGACCUCUGUGAACUUCCUCUUCCAUGUGCUCUCUGUACUUUGGGAAAAGAUUUUUUCUGUCCAUCACUUUUUACCAUGGCAUGGAUUUUAAAGAGUCAAAUCCCGGUAAGGCAUAGAUUCCAAAUAUUGCCAUUUGCUGCUACAUGACCCCCAAGACAAAUCUUUGCUCUGUGCUCUGCCAUGGGCCCAUCGCUUUAUUUGAUAAGGAGAGUGUCAUAACUUCUAAGGGGCUUACUCUUUAUGAUUGUGUGGGGUCGGAACUAUUAGUUGCACAAUUCCAGGUUCCUGGCACAGAGUGGAUUCCCCAGAACUCUUGGCUGCUGGGCUCUUCCACAGUCUCAGCUGAUGACCAGAGGUGCCCAGGAUUCAGAAUCAUUUCCUUCCUUGCAUUCAAGGAAAGAGCCCUGGGCCCCACCCUUGCUCUUCACAUGCCACUGUUGGAGUAUGGUUUGAGAGAGGCACCUUCCUGUCCUAAAAUGUCUUCUCCACCCACUGGGAGGGAGGAGCAAGAACUCGGGGAAACAGCUGGAGUCGGACGCUCAGCCCUGUCACUUGACCAGCACUGUGUCCUGGCACCUCUUACCUCCACACUCAGAUCCUGACGUGCUCCAUCUGUAAUACCCUCUGAACACUGAAAGUUGGAAGUAGUGUUUGCAAAGCGCUUGUGGAAUAAAAGCAUAUAAACUCUAUAUAAACUCUUUUCCACUUAAAACACAUUAGAAA